AUGCUCACAGAGUGCUACAAGCAUGUUAUGGUUCAAGGAAAUCAAUUGAAGGUGACAAGAGACUUCAAAGACUUCAAGAACUGUAAUACUUGUCGAAAGAAGAAGAAAAUUAAAAAGGUCGUUCUCUUCCAUCCAUCAAAUCACUCUCAGUCUCGCAAGACCAUAUCAAAUCAGAAGGAAGUGAAGAAAGAAGAAAAAUAUAUGUGGCAUAUCCAUGUAUUAAGCUUUAAACGACUCAAGUGUGUUUGUAUUCAUGUUUGCUUCUCGAGGAGCUUUACAAGUUUCCGAAAUGGUUAA